UAACAGCUCGUCGUGCCUUAAAACUCUACACCAACAGCCAGAGUAUAACUGUUGAAAACGGAUUGAAAUCAGACAUCUACUUCUUUCUGAAUGACUCUACAGCUGUAGACAUCGGCGUGAAUAUAGUUGUUCAACAUCAAAAAGUUGAUGGUUUGACAUUUGACCCUAAAUGUCGCAUACACCACUCAAAGACACGCGGUUGUCAAAUCUUAUUUGGCCCGUGUGACUGCAUAGGUGAAAGGUCAGAGACAUAUCAAUACCGAUUGAUGAAGGUCUUUACAGAACAAGAUGGCGGUCUGUGGAAGUUUGACAUUGUCAGUCAUGAGGGGACGAUUGUUAACAUCACAGUCAUUGACAGCAUCACUUCUUCACAAGAUAACGAGAGUACAGAACCUUCACAAGUGACGGGCCUGACUCCUCCCAUCGAAAGUUUUACUCUUCCAACAGCAACAUUAGUCAUUUUGGUUAUUACUGCUAUUGUCAUCUUCAUCAUCAUAUCGGUGGUCGCAAUUAUUCGAUGUCGUCUCAGGUCCAAACAUGAUCUGGAGGGAGAAGAAGAUAGUUUGGAAUACAUCAACUGCAGAUCUGAGAAUUUCCCUGAACCUUUGUCACGUGAUGGGCAGUCAGCUGACCAGCCUGGCCAGUCCACCGACCGGGAUGACUAGCAGCUCUUGCAAUAAAGUUCUUAAGGAAAGAUGAAGCAUGUAAUCACUAAGUGCCAUUGAUGCAUCAGCUACAUCACAUCAGCACCAGAAAGGCCGCUGUGACAGCUGCACCAGAAGCACCAAAAGAGAUCAGCAACGUCGUCAACAUCUCCACGUCCACCACAACAUCCCUCAUCACCACCGUCUUUACUACAUCUUGGUGUGGUACUGUCACCAGAAUAAACAAUAUUAAGUUUAGAACCAAAGCCACGUGCUUAGGACCAUUGCCAUCUCCAAAUGAAACCCCACAAACACUAGCGCCUCUAAAGCCAACAGUACAAUCACCAUUUGCACCAGCACUGAUGCCAUUUGAAGACAGAUUAGUAGUAGCAGCAGCUUCAUCAAAAGCAUCAUAACCUUUAGUACCACCAUCGCAUCCCGUCCACCACCAAAACCAUCAGGAGGAUCACGACUACAAAGAUUCUAAUGCUUGGUCUACGGGAAUCUGAAACAGAUAUAAAAGUGACAUUAAAAGAACAGUUCUGGACAUUUCAUCCUUUCUGCUAACAAAAGAACCUGAGGAUUAGAGGAAGCAAACAUUACAUCGUAUACAUGGAGUGUUUUUGCCAUAUUCCUUUUGUUACUAAAAGCACCACUUUAGUUUGAUAGGAGAAAAAUUGUUUAGAUGCCGCAUUGUCUCUGACAUAGUAGUUUAUUUUAAAUUCAAAACAAAAAUGUACCAAAUGACAUGGUAUCUAUUUUAAAAUACCGUUUUUGUAUCUUAGUUAAGUUGCAACAGGGUA